AUGAGUAGUAAACGAUCAACUCCUAGAUCAAAAAUCGAUGAAAUUAAAGCACUUAGAGGUCUUUCUCGCCAAACGAAGACGAAUAUCCGCAACCGAGGACUCCUUUUAGGGUCAACUCUAACGACAACUCUCAAUAGCAUCGUCACAAAUUCUGAUAUAACCCCAUCUAACAACUCUUUAGUGAUAACCAAGCCCUCAGUCCCCCUCCUCCCGCUCUCAAAGCUUAUCACCUACAGAUCUCUCCGCGAGAGACGCGGAAACCCAGGUCUAAACCUCACUAAUGCCUCGUUGAACAGCUCGCUUACUUCAAAUUCCACAGUUUUGAAUUCCUCUCAAAGAAGCGUAAGAAUACCUCGGCCACCAUCCAAGCCAAGAGAAGAGGAGCUUCAGAAGACCAAAAUUGACCCUCAGAUUGAGUUUUCUUCUUUGCAGAAGCCAAUCUCAGCUGGUACUGCUUUAAAAUUAUUUCGAGAAUCUUUGACAAAUUAUGAGCAAUCAGAAAUUUUGGAAUACAAAGAAAUUUACUACUUGGGUUUUAAGUCAAGCAAGAGCGGUACUUCUCAAGGCCCGAAUUACGGCUUUGACGAUGAAAAAGGAAACUUCAAGCUGUAUAAAGGGGACCACAUUGCCUAUCGAUAUGAAAUUUUACAAUUGCUAGGAAAAGGAUCAUUUGGGCAGGUAUGCAAGUGUUUUGACCAUAAAGCUAAGCAAAACGUAGCCAUCAAACUUGUAAAAAGUAAGAAACGGUUCAGACAUCAAGCUGCAGUUGAGGUUAAAGUUCUAGACACUUUAAAAAAAUACGACCCUGAUAACGCUAACAACGUGAUUCGCGCUGAGGACCACUUCAUUUUUCGAAAGCAUACUUGCUUAGUCUUUGAGCUUUUGAGUUCUUCACUGUAUGACCUAUUAAAGUCUAACAACUUCGAAGGCCUCUCGCUCUCCUUAAUUCGGCGGUUUGCAAUCCAAAUUUUUUUUUCCCUGAAAUUCAUACAAAAGCUCAAUAUAAUCCACUGCGACUUAAAGCCAGAAAACAUUCUGCUGAAGCAAGCUAAUAAAUCAGGAUUAAAAGUCAUUGACUUUGGCUCCUCGUGCUUUGAGUCAGAAAAAGUCUAUACCUACAUACAGUCACGAUUUUACAGAGCGCCCGAAAUCAUUUUGGGGAUCCCAUAUAGCUAUAGCAUUGACAUGUGGUCUGCUGGGUGCAUCUUGGCUGAACUUUUUACUGGAAAUGCCCUGUUUCCAGGCGAAAGUGAAGCUGAGCAGCUUCAGUAUAUCAUGGAGAUCAGAGGAGUUCCUCCAGAGGAUGUGCUAGCAAUGGCCACUCGCAGAAAGGUGUUUUUCAACAGCAGUGGCAGCCCAAGACUCGUUCCUAACUCUAAGGGAAAAAUCCACAAGCCAGCAGCCAAAGACAUAAGAGAUGAGAUUAAAACAGACGACGCUUUGUUUUUGGAUUUAAUUAUAAGUAAUGUUUAUACAGAAUGUCUUGAGUGAGACCCAGGGAAAAGAAUAACUCCAGAUGAGGCUCUGAGCCACGAAUGGAUUUUAGAAGGCAUCCCGAAACCCCCAACGAGCCGCCCAACUACUUCAAGGCCGUUUUUAAAUAAAACUUUGAGGGGUUUGGCUGUCAAUAAAAAUCAUAACUAUAAAUUAUCCAACUAA